AUGUCUGUCUCAUCUACAACGGCACCAGCCGACAACACUGUCCAGCAACUGUACGAUGCCGCACACGACAUCGAAAUGCAGGACGCGUUUCCUGUGAAUGAUCAAUCCCCCGUCUAUGUGAUCCUCGACACGAACGUCCUCAUCGACUACCAAACUGUCAUCGAGCAGUUCUGCGCCGACCUCGAGAAGACCAGGUACCCCAUCAAGAUCAUCAUCCCAAGCGUUGUUCUCGGAGAACUCGACGGAUUAAAACACAACCCGGCUCUGCAGUGGUUCGCGCGCCAGGCGACCACAUGGCUCCUAAAGAAGGUCAAGGAGCGCAGGACGGUCAAGAUCCAGGGCGCGAGGGAGACCAAGUCCGGAGGGCCGCGCGCAGAGGCGGACGAGGUCCGAAAGAACGACCUUGCGAUCCGUGACUGCGCGCUGUACUUCAAUGACAGGCGGAUCGGCUUGGGCGCGGCGAUGGUCUCAAUGGACAACCUUCUGUGCGUGGAAUGCCACAGGGAUGCAGGAGGCCCCGUCCAACACCGCGAACGGGCGGAGAUGGACGAGGACAAGAUGGACAUCGACGAGGCUGCGCCGGUGAGCCUGGAGGAGUACGAGCCAGUUCACGCGCGGGAUUCCCUGCACGUGCAGAUGGCGGAGCACUUCGUGCUCGUCUUACGGGACCUCGCGCGGCGGGUACACGUCGACUACCGGGACAGCACCACAGUGACAACCUCGAAGCAUGCGCCUAAUGGUCGGCCGGUGUGCUUGGAGUAUCUGGAGACGAAGAAGCGGUUCAAGUGCGAACACUGGCAGCCGUUCUUUUUCGCAAUGCGGGGGCACGGGGCUGGAAGAAGGGCAAGACUGGUCGCCGCGAAGGUGGGACCUGGUACUAGAUAUGCUGGAGGAGGUCGGAGGCAGUUCGAGGACGGAGCGCUGUUGAGCUCCGUGGCUGCAGUGCGUCCACACGUGAAGGAGGUUUGGGAGGCCAAGGUCCGCCCUCUCUGA